AUGUCUAAUCCAGUUCAUCUUAUCCUUUCAAAAGUUCCAGAAGCUCAUACAGCUGAAAUCAAGGAAUUCAUUGAGGAUUUUGGUACUCCUCAAACAGUUGAAAAGAUUUUAAAUCCAAAUACAAAAAGAUUCGAAGGCUUCGUUAAAGUUAUACUCCAAACCAAGUGGGAUAUUCGCGAAACAAUUGAUGCUAUUAAUGGAACGCCAUUUAAAGAUACAACUAUUCAUGCCGAAAUUAAGGCUGACCAGACAUACAAGAAGGCUCCAUUAUUAUAUGAGGAUUCAAAUAAUCCAUUCCCAUUUUCUGGAUUUUCUAUUGUUACUAAAAAUAAAAAGCAGAAACAAGGAAAACGCAAAAUUGAGAAAACAGAGCCAAUACAUCCAAACGUAACUGAGAAAGAUGUUAUGGUUAUUAAGGCAAGAACAGCCGAAUCGGCAGAUCAAAAGGUUGUUGAAAUUCCACAAAAUAAUACUGAAAAUGAAACUAAAGACAAGGAUAAAGACAAAGAGAAAGAAAAAGACAAAGAAAAAGAUACAAAGCCACCAGCUCCUAAGAGAGAUAGAAGCCCUCCAAGAAAGAAUAGAGAUAGAAAACACGAUUCUGAUUAUGACGACGAUUUUGAUAGAAAAGACCGUCGAUCUCCACGUCGUGGAAGAUCUCCAUCAAGAAGAGAUCGAUCUCCACCAGAUUCAAGGCGCGGAAGAUCUCCUUCUCAUAGAAGAUCUCCUCCAAGACGAGAUUACUCUCCGGAAAGAGAUCCACCACGAAGAAGCAGAUCUCCUGCAAGACGUGAUCGCUCUCCACCACGAUCCCCACCAAGAAAAGAUAGAUCCAGGUCUCCAGGACGCAAAUGA